UUGGAGUAGUAAAUGCAGCAGCCUCACACCUAAAUUUCUCCCAUGUCACUCAUGACGAAGAUCUUCCGGCGCCAGGGUCCAAGCUCCCGCCUCCCGCUCCGCUCCACCCCAUAACAUCAUCGACAUCACCAUCACCCACUACCACUACCACAACACUACCACGCCAACAACCCUCAAUGGCCCCAAUCCGGCGAUACCUGCGCAUCACAAAGUACUCCGUCCUCGAAGUGCGCAUCUACCUCGACAAUCCCGCCCACAGCGAAUCCUGGCUCCUCAGCAACAACAACUCAGCUCUCGCACGCAUCAUCGCCGCUAUCCAACCCCUCGUCCUGCCCAAACUGCGCGAGGAAAACGAGCGCCGUAGUGGCAGUGGUACAAAGUCUGGAAAACCAAAGGGCAAAAAGGGCGGUGUCAAGGAUGUUGUCUCGGGAGACUUCGAAGUAUCCCUCUUCCUAACCGCGCCUUCGUCAUCAACGCGCCACACCCUCCUCACGACGCAGAAGACAUACGCGUCGAACCCGCCGUCGCGUUUGACUAGUAAUACUGGGAAGCUGACCGGUUGGUUGGCUGGCGCUGAUGCAGAUGCCGCGGGAUCGAGGGAUAGGCCGGUUGAUCUUUCGGGUGCGGAUGUGUCUGUGCCGGGGCUCAGGAGAGAGGAAGAAGACGAGGAUGAGGAUGAAGGAGGGCUAGAUGCGAUACCCGAUAAUGAUACUGCGGCGAGAGAUGCAAACCGGAAGAGGAAGAGGAGGAGGACGCGCGACACGACAGACGAUGGCGAUGCGCUUUUCGUCGUAGACUCCAGCGCCGAGGAAGACGAGGCUGUUGAAGGGGCGGCUUCUACAUCGUCGAAGCAGAAGAGAAAAGACAAAUCAACAGGGGACAAGGACAACGACAAUGCCGACGACGAAGACGACAAGAAAAAACUCGUCUCGGCAACGCGCUACGACGGCUUCAGCAUCUACGGACGCAUCCUUUGCCUCGUCGUCAAGCGCAGCGGACCAGCUGGGAAGACAGGAGGAGGAGCAGCAGCAGCAACAGGAAGGACGGCGAGUGGUAGUGCUGGUAGUGCUGGUGCAAGUGUAGGGAUAGCAUCGAGUCAGCAGAUGCUCGAAAAUUGGGUGAGUACGCAGGCGGCGGCCAAGGAUUUGGAUGAUGAGGAUGAGGAUGACUGAAUGGAUGGAUGAUUGGAUGAUUGGAUGAUUGGAUUAUGGAUUGUAUGAAGCUGCUGCUGCUGCCGAGGUCUUUGCACUCUGCCAUACUCUGCCCUACACUACACUAUCCCACGCAGACAUGGCAAAGCUCCAUCACAAGAACACCACUCCCCCUCCCCUCCCCUCCCCUCCUCUCAGCCCAAGAUCCAAGAUCCAAGAUCUACAAUCCAAUCCAACAACCCCCCAAUCUCGUCGGAACUACCCAUCAACAACGCACUACAGCCACACCCAGCACCGAGAUACGAUACACACAAGGCACCAGGCACAAGGCACAAGGCCAAUCGCCAAUCCGCAUCCCAACAAACCUCACCUCCGCGGCAUCGGAGCGGCAAACAUCCGGUCCCGACCAACCAACCGACCGGACAGACAGACAGACAAGCAGACAAACCUACCCACUCAUUUUACCCACUCUACCAACAAAUCUAUCUACCUACCUCCCGA